AUGUCGUCUUUGCAAGGAAACCGCAUGCCUAAAGAUUCUCAAACCAUAGUGUCGAUGAUGAAUGAUUUAGGAAUACAUGAAUAUGAACAACAGGUUUUAAACCACCUCCUAGAAUUUAAUUACAGAUACACAUCACUCAUUCUGGAAGAAGCUAAGGCUUGCUCAACAUUUGCUAAUAAGGAGAAAAUUGAUGCGGAUGAUGUCAAAAUGGCAAUUCAAAUGGCCCAAGAUGGUGUAUUUCUUAAAUCUCCUACACGUGAUGAACUAAUCAAAGCGAGUAAUGAAUUAAACAAAAAACCUCUGCCUGCAAUAAAGCCUGCUAGUGGGUUGAGAAUUCCUCAAAAUGGUUCAAGUUUCUUACAAGCAAAAUACAGGCUCAAAACUGAUUUGAAUAAAGGAAGAAAUGUAUUGAAGAAAAACACUAAAAUAACAGUAGCUGAAAUGUUGAAUGCGACUAAACAGAUCGAAGGUGUCAGUAAUCCUACACAAUCUGAUCCGAAGAUGGAUCCGAAGGAUGAUUUAAGUGUUUUGGACAUUGAUAAGGUUAUUGAAGAACAGCAGUGCAAUCAAGACAAUUUCAAUGAUUUUAAUUUGGAUUCCUUAUUACAUGAUCCUAAAUCAUUAUCAUUUUGA